AUGUUAAAUGAGCUGAACUGUGAAAAUAAAAUAUUCGAUGGAUAUCUAGGUGUCUUGGAUUGUUUAAUAGAAGAGUACACUAAUAGAUUUUCUGACGAGCACACUCCUGCUAUGAAACUGGCAUUUGAACCACAUUUAAUAGAUAUAUCCGAGGCUUCUGCAGAACUACAAAUGGAGUUAAUUGAUUUAGGGGAAGAUAGUAUCAUCAAAUCCCUUUUUAACGCUAAAAAGGAUCCCCAUAGAAAUCUGGAAAAAUGCCUUCGAGAACAUGUUCGCCGUUUACUUUCCUGCUUCGGUAGUACCUACUGUUGCGAGACAACAUUUUCUCUCAUGUCAAAAAUGAAAACAAGUUUAAGAACGCAAAUUACAGAUGCACAUUUAAAGGAUCGAUUAAUUAAAGCUGUGUGUUACGAAGCUUGA